UAAAAAAUUUCGUUCUUUGAAUGAUUCAGUGUUUUCAAAAUUUAAUCUUUCUGAAAACAAUUCUGCGAAACUGUUUAUUUAAUUUAAUGUUUUCGAUUUAAAUACAGCAUCAAAGAGAGAAAGGAUUGUAUUUUAAGAUUCUUGUCUUACUCAAAAGCCGAAAAUGGCGGGCUUUGAGGUUGGGCAGAAGACCAGAAUCAUGGAUUCACCAUCACCUCCUCGGGCUGCAGCUCGAUCAUCGCUCGUCGAUUCGUUAAUGGGUUGUGGCCUUUCAGGGGUCCGUAUUGCGAGGGCGGAUCUUAAGAAGAGGAUUUUGAUUCCAGAGUAUCUUCGUCUUGCUAUGCGCGAUUCGAUUCGAUUCAAGAAUCCGAAUGCAGGUGAACAACAUGCAGGGGAUGCCAAAGGGAAGGCAGCGCCUGAGGCGCCAAUGGUUGUGUUUGUGAAUUCGAAGAGCGGUGGGAAGCAUGGUCCGGUUCUUAAAGGGAAGCUUCAGGAAUUGAUGUGCGAAGAACAGGUUUUUGAUCUCUCAAUUGUGAAACCAAAUGAAUUUGUACAGUAUGGAUUGGCUUGCCUGGAAAAUUUGGCUUCUCUUGGUGACAAUUGUGCGAAAGAUACUCGUGAAAAGAUGAGGAUCAUGGUUGCAGGGGGUGAUGGUACAGUAGGUUGGGUUCUGGGAAGUCUUUCUCAACUCUAUAAGCAGAAUCGAUUGCCAGUUCCUCCAACAGGAAUCAUUCCUCUUGGUACGGGCAAUGACCUGUCUAGAAGUUUUGGUUGGGGUGGUUCAUUUCCUUUUGCAUGGAAAUCAGCUGUCAAGAGAUCGCUGUAUAAGGCUGUUACAGGUCCAGAAUGCCGUCUUGAUACUUGGCAGAUUGUGGUCUCAAUGCCAGCUGGAGAAAAUAUAGAGCUGCCCUAUUCUCUGAAGUAUACGGAGGAAGAUCGGCUUGAUCAGGAUUUAGUUGUUGAAGGGGAGUUGCCUGAAAAAUCUACUUGCUUUGGAGGCGUGUUUUAUAACUAUUUUAGCAUAGGAAUGGAUGCGCAAGUUGCUUAUGGAUUCCACCAUUUACGUAAUGAGAAACCAUACCUUGCACUUAGUCCUAUAGCAAAUAAGGUGAUCUAUUCUGGAUAUAGUUGCACCCAAGGUUGGUUUUGCACACCUUGUAUCAGUGAUCCAAGUUUAAGGGGACUCCAUAAUAUUCUACACAUGUAUAUUAAAAAGGUCAACUGUUCAGAAUGGGAGCAAAUUCAAGUUCCUUCGAGUGUUAGGGCAAUAGUUGCUGUAAAUCUUCAUAAUUAUGGAAGUGGAAGGAAUCCAUGGGGUAAUUUAAAGCCAGAGUAUUUGGAAAAGAGAGGCUUUGUUGAGGCCCAUGCAGAUGAUGGUCUCCUUGAAAUAUUUGGCCUAAAGCAAGGAUGGCAUGCUUCAUUCGUCAUGGUUGAGCUCAUCUCUGCCAAACAUAUUGCCCAGGCUGCUGCAGUUAGAUUAGAAAUUAGAGGUGGGGAGUGGAGAAAUGCAUAUAUGCAGAUGGAUGGGGAACCAUGGAAACAGCCGAUGGACAAGGAAUAUUCAACAUUUGUGGAGAUAAAGAGGGUGCCUUUUCAAUCAACAAUGAUAAAUGGAGAAUGAUUUUGCUGGCUUAUCCUUGACUUAGGUUUGCAUCCUUGAAUCAAGUUCAAAAUUAGAAAUGAUUUGGACACCAUGUAAAGCCAUUUAAAUCUUCCAUGGGCUUGUAAUUGAUGUUGUUCUUAAUUAACCAAUUUCAGAAAAAAUGGUGUUCUUAAUUCAUCGUUGAUGAAUUCUCUA